AUGCCGUCAUCCGAGUUAUUCGUUGGAAAUUUAAAUAGGGAUGUGUCAAAGAGAGAUCUUGAGGAUAUCUUUGAAAGUUAUGGACGUUUGAUUCGCUGUGAAUUAAAGCAAGGAGCCUCAAGUUUUGCUUCGAGUUAUGGAUUUUUAGAAUUUGAAUCAUCAAAUGAUGCUGACGCAGCGAUUAAAGGCGAAAACGGUCGAGAUCAUCAAGGAAAAGCAAUUAUUGUCGAAUGGGCACGUAGUUCACGAAGAGGACCACCAACUGGUUCAAACAAUUUUCGUCGUGGAGGUGGUGGUGGAGGCGGCGGUGGCGGCAGAGAUUUAACUUGUUUUAAUUGCGGUAGAUCCGGACAUAUAUCUAGAAAUUGUCGUUCGCCUAGACAAGGUGAUCGUGGAUAUAACGGUGGCGGCGGAGAUCGUGAUAGAGGUGAUCGGGGUGAUCGAGGAGAUAGAGAUAGGGGUGGUGAUCGAAAUGGUGGUUCAAAUCGUUCUUCACCACGUGGUGGUUAUGAAAGACGUCGUCGAUCUAAUUCUGGUUCUCCUGAGAAACGUGACCGUCGUUCACGUUCUCGUUCACGAAGUCGUUCUGGUUCACGUUAA